CCACACAGGAAGGCAGAGGCAACAGACUGAAAUUGUGCAGACAGAAGAGAAGAUAUUUUUCCAGCAGGUCAUCAAGGUCAAAGUCAUCUCCACUACCAGGAUGCUGACUGUGUCUCUACUCGUUUGUGCCAUCGUGGCUCUGACUAGGGCUGCUGACGAAUGUCCCACUGAUUGGAAGAUGUUCAAUGGUCGCUGUUUCCUUUUUAAUCCUUUACAAUUGCAUUGGGCUGACGCUCAGGAAAGCUGUAUGAAGGAGGGGGCAAACCUUGCAUCCAUUCACAGCCUUGAAGAGUCUACGUUUGUUAAGGAGCUGACAAGUGCAGACUUAAUCCCAUCAUGGAUUGGAGGCACAGAUUGCCAAGUGUCAACCCGUUGGUUUUGGAUGGAUAGCACAAGUAUGGAUUAUGCUGACUGGUGCGCUGCACAACCUGAUACUACCUUAACUGAGUGCUGCAUACAGAUGAAUGUUGGAAUUGGAAAAUGCUGGAAUGACACACCUUGUACGCAUCUUCAUUCAUCAAUCUGCGCCAAGCCACUGAAAUGAUUCCUGAGCUGACACAGAGGCAUCCACCACCAUCAAUCACGUGAUUGUGUGUAUGUUUGCACACUCUUCUGUGUUUUUCAUGUAUCAAGUCAAAUAAAAGGCUGAAACAAA